AUGUCCAGCCUGGUAGGUGGCGGGCUGCCCGCGCCGCAUCCCCAGCGCUGUCCAGCCGCGUGGGGGGGGCUCCGUCCUGCGCAGCAGCCCCAGCGCUGCUCCUGCGCCGGGAUGCCAGGCUGGAGGAAGAACCUUGCCUUGUGCCUGCAGCGGAUGCAGGAUGAAGAUGAUGGCCCUUAUUCAAAGGGAAGUAAAGAUUCAGGUGGCACAGACACAGCCCUGGUCUGCCGAAGGCAAAGUAUUCCAGAGGAGUUCCGAGGGGUCACCAUUGUGGAACUAAUCAAGAAGGAGGGUAGCACGUUAGGGCUAACCAUCUCCGGUGGCACCGACAAAGAUGGAAAGCCCAGAGUCUCCAACUUGAGACCUGGUGGACUAGCAGCCAGAAGUGACCAGUUAAAUGUGGGGGAUUACAUCACGUCCGUGAAUGGGAUUCACCUGACCAAACUGCGCCAUGAUGAGAUCAUCAGCCUGCUGAAGAAUGUAGGGGAACGAGUGGUGCUGGAGGUGGAGUACGAGCUCCCCCCUGCUGCCCCGGAGAACAGCUUAGGAAUUAUCCCAAAGACCAUCGAGGUCUCCUUGUAUAAGGAAGGCAAUAGCUUUGGCUUUGUACUCAGAGGGGGAGCUCAUGAAGACUGGCAUAAAUCCAGACCACUCGUCCUCACCUAUGUGAGGCCUGGGGGCCCAGCGGACAGGGAAGGAUCCCUCAGAAUUGGGGACAGGUUGCUCAGUGUGGAUGGCAUUCCACUUCACAACUUGACCCAUGCAGACGCCCUCAACAUCCUGCGACAAUGCAGCCAGGAAGCCCUCUUCCAGAUUGAAUAUGACGUCUCCAUUAUGGAUACAGUAGCCAACGCCUCAGGUCCUUUAUUAGUGGAAAUAGCCAAGACGCCGGGCUCUACUCUGGGAAUCUCGCUCACCUCUGGCACCCACAGGAACAAACAGGUCAUUGUGAUUGACAAGAUCAAGCCGGCCAGCGUUGUAGACAGGUGCGGGGCUCUGCACAUUGGCGACCACAUCCUGUCCAUUGAUGGCACCAGCACCGAGCACUGCUCUGUGCUGGAGGCAAUGCAGCUGUUAGCCAGCACCACAGAGAAUGUCAAGUUGGAGAUCCUGCCGGCUCACCAGAGCAGGCUCCCCCUGAAGCCUCCUGAUGCAGUGAAGGUGCAGAAGAGUGACCAUCACCACUGUUGGGACCCCUGUGUCAACUACUGCCCCAGCCACCAUCCCAGCCAUUGCAAGACACCAACCUGGAAUCAGCCCUCUAGCCAGGAGUACUGCAAACCCCUGUCUGCUGCCCCUUUCUCCUCACCAAUGAUGAAUGCUCAUGGCUUCUCUUGCCCAAACUCCAGCACGCUACCUCGGAGCACCCAACCCAUGAGCCCCCGGGCAACCAUGAUGAGGAGAAGACAAAGAAAAAAGGAGUACAAAAGUUCAUUGUCCCUUGCCUCCAGCACUGUGGGGCCUGGCGGUCAGAUCGUACACACAGAAACAACAGAAGUGAUCCUUAGAGGAGACCCCCUCAAUGGCUUUGGACUCCAACUCCAGGGUGGAAUCUUUGCCACGGAAACCUUGUCCUCCCCACCUCUCAUUCGCUUCAUCGAGCCCGACAGCCCUGCUGAGAGAUGUGGCCUGCUGCAAGUUGGAGACAGAGUACUGUCCAUCAACAGCAUUGCCACAGAAGACGGGACCAUGGAGGAAGCCAACCAGCUCCUGCGGGAUGCAGCCCUCUCAAACAAAGUCUCCCUUGAGAUUGAGUUUGAUGUAGCAGAGUCAGUAAUCCCAAGCAGUGGCACUUUUCAUGUGAAGCUGCCCAAGAAGAGAGGAGUGGAACUGGGGAUAACCAUCAGUUCUGCAAGCAGGAAGCCUGGAGAGCCCUUGAUUAUAUCUGACAUCAAGAAGGGAAGCGUGGCACACAGGACAGGCACCUUGGAGCCAGGGGACAAGUUACUUGCCAUUGAUAACAUCCGACUGGACAACUGUUCCAUGGAGGAUGCUGUGCAGAUUCUGAGACAGUGUGAGGAUCUGGUAAAACUGAAGAUUAGAAAGGAUGAAGAUAAUUCAGAUGAACAGGAAACAACAGGCGCCAUCAUUUACACAGUGGAGUUGAAGAGGUACGGGGGCCCUCUGGGUAUAACUAUCUCAGGGACCGAGGAGCCUUUCGAUCCAAUUGUCAUCUCAGGAUUGACCAAGCGAGGACUGGCAGAGAGGACUGGAGCCAUCCACGUUGGAGAUCGCAUCUUAGCCAUCAAUAAUGUGAGCCUUAAGGGUAAGCCCCUCAGUGAAGCCAUCCACCUCCUCCAAAUGGCAGGGGAAACAGUCACCCUCAAGAUCAAGAAGCAAAUGGAGCGAGGCUCCUACCCUAAGAAGUCAGGGGGGCUGAAUGAAGCCAGUGACACAGAGGAAGAGCUCAGUGAGUCACAGAAGCCUGGCAAGCUGGCUGAGAUCUACGCCACCACCGUGCCCAGCAUAGAUAGUGCCAUGGAAUCAUGGGAUGGCUCUGGAGCGGAGGGAGGCUACGGGAGUCAAGGCACGUAUGUACCUCCAGCUGCAGGAAUCAGCCUGCACCCCCAGGAAUGGCGAUCCAGUAGGGUGAAGAACAGCCCCCCUCCUGGGGAGCCCAGAAAGACCAGCUACCCCUACUCGGACGGGAGCUUCCCUGAGGAUGAAUGGGACAAGCCUACUAGGUCUCUGACUCUUUGGAAGGACCCAGUGAGUGAAGAUUUUGGCUUCAGCGUCUCAGAUGGCCUGUUGGAGAAGGGUGUCUAUGUCAACAUGAUUCGCCCUGGUGGGCCUGCUGAUCACUGUGGCCUCAAACCGUUUGACCGAGUCCUUCAGGUAAAUCACAUUCGAACUCGAGACUUUGACUGCUGCCUGGCUGUGCCACUCAUCUCUGAAGCUGGAGACAAGCUGGACCUAGUCAUUAGCCGGAACCCCCUGGCAAUUUCCAACAAAACUCAACAGGAGGAGAACAGAGUGAUGCCCGGCUCACCCUCUGUGGGCCUGGAGAUGAGGGACAGCACCCGGAUGCUCUGA